AUGAAGACCACUUCCGCUGGAUUCGUGUUCACGUCGGCUGUGCUGGCUGGACUCGCUCAUGCAAUCGGUAUGGCACCGCCGCCGCCUGUUGAGCUUGUGCAGGGCUUCGACUGGAAGGACCCCUUUGCUCUCGAUGCCAUGGCCUCAUUCCGACCUACCUGCGAGGCCAAGGCUCAACUUGAUGGAACCUCCUCCCAAGGGGGGUUGAAGCCAUGGUCGAAGGGCCUGAAGGCGGUCUUCGCUGAUAAAGAAUACCCUGGAGGGUGGCUGGGUCUCGAUCCUCACCUUAAUGGCCGAAGUCUGCUGCUGAUGAACUACGAUCAAAUGCCUCUCCUGGUUCGCAGGUGGAUUGAACAACAGGAACGGACUGAUGGGAAGGGGAAGGCCCUCUUUGCCGUUCUUGAGAAGCCAAAGAACGAUGAGGAUGAGAUCGAGAAAGUUGUUCAGUUCCCUGAAGCUGACAAGAUCGAUCGCGACAAUGACAAGGACAAGGUUGCCAUAUUCGCACCUGGCGCCUUGUAUGGGAUCCUUCCUCUGUGGACGGCAGGGGCAAGUAAAUGCGAGGAUCAAUUUGUCGACCUGAGCAAGUAUAAGCCCAGGCCUUCAGAUGGCGGGGUUGUUGGUUGGGUUAUGCAUACUGAACCCCAGAACUAUAAGACGAAACUCGACAUCAAAGUCCAGGCACUGAAGACGAAGGAAGCCAGGAGUGGUCAAGAACAAGGCCAGGCAAAGUCUGCAUCAAGAGAGGAGCUGUAG